UCGUGCCCCUCCUCGGGAUGAGUGUGUGUAGCUGAGCUGCGCCGCUUUGAUGUUGAUAUUCAGGCAGGGAUGCGAUGCACAGACAGCGUUCAUCAAAACAAUGUCCGGCUGAAGUUUCCACUCCGUUCCGCUUAUCGCUUUCGGCUUCCCCGGUUCUGUUUCUCCGGCUGCUCUUUGAGCCUGAGUCGUAUCUAUUUCUGGUUGGUACCAGUGCCAGACAGCGAGCUGCCUCUCUGGUUGGAGUAGCCAAAUCAAAAGCUUCAUGGGGAUUGGCUGCUGCUGCUGGAAGUUUACUUCCUGUUUCCAGCCUUGAGGAAUUAUUGACAGACCGUCCUGAGUGUUAAAUCAGCCUGAGCGCACGCACGCACACACACACACACACACACACACACACACACACACACACACACACACACACACACACACACGCGCACACACACACACAGUCGGCACAUCCACAGUUUUGGCAGGAUAAUAGCCUCCUGAUUGCCACCCUGUAAUCACAUCUGCACUCGGGCAAACACACAACUGUUCUGCAGUACAACACACCAAGCCGGGCAAACACACAACUGUUCUGCAAUACACACACCAAGCCGGGGGCUCAUCUGCCGUACUGCGCGGGCACGCACCCGCCCCACCUGUCAGCGAUGACAUCACACAGCCACCAAGAGGGGAUCCUGGGAAAGGAGCAGCCGCUGGAGCUUCUGAAGACAUCGGCGCUCAACCACAUCCCAACAGUGGACAUCAACUCGGCGCUGCCCCUGCGUCUCCCUCCAGCCGCCAUUCCCAUGGACCUGCGCGUGGACCAUCACCAGCAGCAGCAGCAAGUGUCCUCGCUCUCCCCGUCCAGUCCAGGCCCGGCCGGCGGCGGCGGCGGCGGUGGCGGCGUGGUGGGGGCCUCGGUGCGCGAGCAGCAGCUGCAGCAGGAGCUGCUGACCCUGAAGCAGAAGCAGCAGAUCCAGCGGCAGAUCCUCAUCGCCGAGUUCCAGCGGCAGCACGAGCAGCUGUCCCGCCAGCACGAGGCCCAGCUCCAGGAACACAUCAAGCAGCAGCAAGAGCUUCUGGCAUUGAAGCACCAGCAGGAGCUGCUGGAGCACCAGAGGAAGAUGGAGAACCACCGUCUGGAGCAGGAGCUGGAGAAGCAGCAGAGGGAGCAGAAGCUGCUGCUGCUGAAGAACAAGGAGAGGGGACAGGAGAGUGCAGUGGCGAGUACUGAGGUGAAGAUGCGGCUCCAGGAGUUUGUCCUGAACAAGAAGAAGGCGCUGGCCCAGCGGAGCCUCAACCAAGGAGGCCUCCACAAUGACGCUCCCUACUGGUACCGAAAAACCCAGCACAGCUCCCUGGACCAGAGCUCGCCUCCACAGACUGGUGUGUCCACCUACAACCACCCUGUGCUGGGUGUCUACAACCCCCGGGAUGACUUCCCACUGCGAAAGACUGCCUCGGAGCCCAACCUGAAGCUGCGCUCCAGGCUGAAGCAGAAAGUAAGCGAGCGGAGGAGCAGUCCACUGCUGCGUCGUCGAGACAGCCCCAUCACCACCGCCAAGAAACGCUCACUCGACAUGGCAGACUCUGCGUGUAGCAGCGCCCCCGGCUCAGGCCCAAGCUCCCCAAAUAACAGCUCCAACAACAUCCCCAAUGAGAACGGCAUCACUGUGUCAGUCUCCAACAGUAUGGAGACGUCUCUGGCCCAGAGGCUGUGCGGCGGUGCUGAGCGCGGCUCCAUUAACCAGCUGUCCCUCUACACUUCACCAUCUUUACCCAACAUCACCCUGGGGCUGCCCGCCACUGCCACGUCCACCGCUGCUUCCAAUGUGACUUCGGCCCAGCAGGAUGGAGGUCUGCAGCCGGCCCUCUCCCUCAGCCCUCCCUUCCUCUCCGGCGGCCACUUGACCCCCUACCUGGCUGAGGCCGGAGCGGGAACAGGCGGGCACGGCGCGCACAGUCCACUGCUUCAACACAUGGUGCUCAUGGACCAGAGCCCGGCACAGAGCCCCCUGGUGACAGGUGUGAGCGGCCUGUCCAUGUCGCCAGCAGCAUCCAUGGCCAAGCUGCAGCGGCAGCACCGGCCACUGGGGCGGACCCAGUCGGCCCCUCUGCCCCAAGGGAGCGCCGCGCAGGCUCACGCCCAAGCCCUGGCCCUGCAGCAGCUGGUGGUGCAACAGCAGCACCAGCAGUUCCUGGAGAAGCACAAGCAGCAGUUUCAGCAGCAGCAGCUCCACCUCAACAAGAUGAUGACCAAGCCCAGCGAGUCACCCGUGGGCCGCCAGCACCAGAGCCACCCGGAGGAGACGGAGGAGGAGCUGAGGGAACACCAGGACGGUGGGGCUCUGCCGCCGGGGGUCACCAUCAAGCAGGAGCCCCCCGACCCGCAGGAGCUGCAGGAGGAGGCGCUGCAGCAGCACAUGGAGCGGGAUAGGCAGGUGGAGCAGGAGCUGCUCUUCAGACAGCAGGCCCUGUUGUUGGAGCAGCAGCGCAUUCAUCAGCUGAGAAACUACCAGGCCUCGAUGGAGGCCGCCGGCCUGUCCAUCUCCUUCCCGGGACACCGCCCCCUGUCCAGGGCCCAGUCGUCUCCGGCCUCAGCCUCCUCCUUCCCGAUCAGCGUCCCGGCCCCCGAUCCUCCCGCCAAGCCCCGCUUCACCACAGGCCUGGUGUACGACUCUCUCAUGCAGAAGCACCAGUGUAUGUGUGGAAACACCAACAGUCACCCGGAGCACGCAGGCCGGAUUCAGAGCAUUUGGUCUCGGCUGCAGGAGACCGGACUCAGAGCGCAGUGUGAGUGUAUCCGUGGGAGGAAGGCCACUCUGGAAGAGCUGCAGACAGUUCACUCUGAAGCCCACGUCCUGCUGUACGGAACCAACCCUCUCCGACAGAAACUUGAUUGUUCGGUCACUCCCAUGUUCGUGCGGCUACCGUGCGGAGGGUUGGGGGUGGACAGCGACACCAUUUGGAACGAGGUCCACUCCUCCAGUGCGGCGCGACUCGCUGUCGGCUCCGUGGUGGAGGUGGUUUUCAAAGUGGCUACCGGAGAGCUCAAGAAUGGUUUCGCUGUGGUCCGCCCUCCUGGACACCACGCAGAGGAAAGCACUCCCAUGGGUUUCUGCUACUUCAACUCGGUGGCCAUCGCAGCCAAACUGCUGCAGCAGAGGCUCAACGUCAGCAAGAUCCUCAUCGUGGACUGGGACGUUCACCAUGGCAACGGCACCCAGCAAGCGUUCUAUGAUGACCCCAAUGUCCUUUACCUGUCUAUUCAUCGCUAUGACGACGGCAACUUCUUCCCUGGAAGUGGAGCACCUGACGAGGUGGGCAGUGGGCCUGGCGUCGGGUUCAACGUUAACGUCGCUUUCACUGGGGGCCUGGAUCCACCCAUGGGAGACGUAGAGUACCUGGCUGCCUUCAGGUCAGUGGUCAUGCCCAUAGCCAAUGAGUUUGCCCCGGACAUCGUGCUGGUCUCCUCUGGCUUCGACGCCGUGGAGGGACACCCUCCGCCACUUGGCGGCUACACUUUGACGUCCAAAUGUUUUGGUUAUCUGACCAGGCAGCUGAUGACCCUCGCUGGAGGCCGGGUAGUCCUGGCUCUGGAGGGGGGUCACGACCUCACCGCCAUCUGCGACGCCUCGGAGGCCUGCGUGGCCGCCCUGCUAGGCCAAGAGCUGGACCCGCUGCCAAAGGCCACCCUCGAGCAGAGGCCCAACCCCAACGCUGUUCGCUCCCUGGAGAAAGUUUUAGAGACUCACAGCAAGUACUGGUGCUCGGUGCAUCGCUACUCACCGCUGCUGGGACUUUCCCUGCUGGAGGCCAAACGAGGAGACUCCGAGGAGGCUGAAGCUGUCAGUGCCAUGGCCUCUCUGUCCGUGGCCAACACCAACGCCAUGGAUCAGAGCAGGCCCGAGGAGGAGCCCAUGGAAGAGGAGGAACCGCUGUAACGGAGGGAAACGUGAGGGCGUCACACUGUUAAUCAUUUUGACCUCUCCGGAGAAGAGUCUCGACUGAUCCCUUCUUUUAGUCCCACCUAACCCCACUCACCGCGUCAGUCACCUUGAUUGGCAGCCCCCUCGGUCAAAAAACGAGGGAGAGAGUGGGUGGGCUCAGCCUCAAGAGUAGGGAGCCAAUCAGGAGACAGAGGACUGAAUUGGGUGGGGGGAGGAAAAAAAAUUAAACAUAACAGCGCUGCUUGGCGGCACUCGCUCAGAGACACUCAUUAUUGUUUUCUUUCGG